AGGAGCGAGGCCUGGACCCCUGACCGGUGCGCCCCCGGCCCGGUGCGUCCUCCUCCCGACGCAGUCGCCACUGUGGCCUCGGAUGCCCUGGGGUCGCAGUAGGGGGGCCCGAAUGGUUCCUAAGGCUCCGCGCAGCGAUCUGAGGGCAGUAGGUUCGUGAUGAGGUACCCAAGGAGCCCCUAUCACACAAGCACGACACGCCCUUGCGCGCGUGAUGGGCGGACGCGCCACCGCGACCCUCCAGGGAGGUUGUAACUCGGCUUUGUUGGAGGGAGUCGGCGCAGGGAAGGCGGAGGAAGUGUGUAGCUGUGUGUAGCGGCUGGGGGCCGGUGUGCGCGCCCGAGUGUAGUGCGAGGCGCACCCCUCCGGAGUCCGCCAGGUCUCUUGUCUGUAGCUCAGCCUGUCCCUCUCUCUUUGCCUGUGUCUCUCUGAAAAUGUCUCUACAACCUGUUUGUCUCUGUCUUGGUAUCUCUCCGUGUGCGUCUCUCCCGGAUUCUCUCGGCGUCUCCGUGUGUUUAUCUCUGAGUCUCUCUAGCUGUCUCUCUCUGCCCCGCCGCAGUCCUGCAUUCCACCCCUCCCAACCGGGUUAGGCUUGGGGACGUGUGAGGACGCGGUCCGGGGGUGCGCAGCUUCCGAGUUGGCGCUGGGGGCUGCGGCAGCGCGGGCCCUCACCGGCGGGGACCAGGGGACUGUUGUUGCGGCUCGCGAGCAGAAAGACAGGCAGCCCCACCCCCUACUCCGCCAGCGGGACGGGGGCUGCGGUGGGGGGAGGAAGCAAAAGGGAAGUCAUCGCAAUUAAUGAAUGUCAUAAUUAACCCUAAUUAUGUAUGAUUGUUACUCCUGCGGGAGUCACAAUGAAUAAAUUAUUCCCCAAUGAAGUCAGGCGGAGCCCAGACUCCCGGCAGUGAAGGGGGCGGGGCGGGGCGGGGAGAACGCGGCGCACAUUCAACCCUCCCAACCGCUAAUCUGUCUGCUCCCUCCCCAAGUUCUAGGUGCUGACCUGCCAGAAAUUCUGAGGGAAAGGAACCUGAGCAGGGGUGGCUGGGGAUGGGGAGAGAAGAAGGGGCAGUGCUCUCUCUGCCUGCUCCCCAGACUUCAGGCCAAGACUCCCCUCUCCCUGCCACCCUGCUCCAGCGGUUCAAGCGCUCCCUGUCCCUCAAAACCAUCCUCCGAAGUAAAAGCAUGGAGAACUUCUUCCUCCGCUCAGGCUCCGAGCUCAAGUGCCCCACUGAGGUGCUGCUGACGCCCCCGACCCCGCUGCCACCUCCCUCCCCCCCACCCACAUCCACAGACGGGGGCCUGUCCACCCCGGCUCCGUCCCCCUGCCCAAUCCCACGACCCCUGGCACCAGUCAAGCCGGUGAGACUGCACAGCUUCCAGGAACACGUCUUCAAGCGAGCCAGUCCCUGUGAGCUGUGCCACCAGCUCAUUGUGGGAAACUCCAAGCAGGCCUUGCGGUGUAAGACAUGCAAAGUCAGCGUCCACCUCUGGUGCUCUGAGGAGAUCUCCCACCAGCAAUGCCCAGGCAAGACGUCCUCCUCCUUCCGCCGCAACUUCAGCUCCCCUCUCCUGGUACAUGAGCCUCCACCAGCCUGUGCCACGAGCCGAGAGUCUCCACCCACCGGGGCCAUCGGGAAGGUGGACCCUGUCUAUGAGACUCUGCGCUAUGGCACGUCCUUGGCCCUGAUGAACCGCUCCAGCUUCAGCAGCACCUCUGAGUCUCCCACACAGAGUCUGAGCGAGCGGGAUGAGCUGACCGAGGAUGGGGAAGGCAGCAUCCGCAGCUCCGAGGAUGGCGCUGGUGACAGUGUAUUCACAGCCCCCGCCGAGAGUGAAGGGUCAGGACCGGAGGAGAAGAGCCCCGGACAGCAGCCCCCCAGACUCCCCCUGCGGAAGGAUGUGGGGCCCAUGUACUCCUACGUCGCGCUCUACAAGUUUCUGCCCCAGGAGAACAAUGACCUGGCUCUGCAGCCUGGAGACCGGAUCAUGCUGGUGGAUGACUCGAACGAGGACUGGUGGAAGGGCAAGAUCGGCGACCGGGUUGGCUUCUUCCCAGCCAAUUUUGUGCAGCGGGUGAGGCCGGGCGAGAACGUCUGGCGCUGCUGCCAACCCUUCUCUGGGAACAAGGAGCAGGGCUACAUGAGCCUCAAGGAGAACCAGAUCUGCGUGGGCGUGGGCAGGACCAAGGAUGCUGACGGCUUCAUCCGCGUCAGCAGCGGCAAGAAGCGGGGCCUGGUGCCAGCCGACGCCCUGACCGAGAUCUGAGAGGAGCCAAGAGCACCCAGAAGCCACCCUGCCUGUGCCCAGCCCCUCGCUUCAGGCCCCAGGAGGGGAGCAGGCAUCUGCCCACACUCUCCCUCCGCCUCUCUCCUAGGGACCAGUCACCACAGCUUGGGAGCCUUUUGCACUUUGAGGAAGGUUUUUUUUUUUCCUUGGGGCCUGAGGUGCCCUGAGGAGGUUGCUGCUCUGAGACUUGGGGGUGGGGAGGAGGAGAAAGUGGGAGGGAGAAAGUUCCAGGUGGGUCCACCCCGGAGCCCAGCCACCCCCAGGCCAGCUGCCAUGCGGAGUCCAGCCCUGAGAGGAAGUUCCUGGCGGAACUUUCUUGCUGCGUCCUCCAGAGCCCCUUCCCAUGCCAGCACCUCUGCAUGCCGGACCACCCCUCUCCUCACAGAGCCUCUGCUUGGGUCUCUGUGUGCGUGACCCUGCAGCUGCCCCUUUGGAAGUGGGGUCGUGGGAGGUGCCUUCCCGGCUCCCUCCGCCCUCCGCUCUGGGCGGGGAGGGAAUUCAGGGCUGCAGGGGGGUCCUGAUUCACCUCCUGGUCUCCCCACCUCUGUCACUCCAUCAAUUCUCAGGAAAGUUCUGCGGUUCUCUCUCCCAUUACUUGAAACCCUGGGUGGACAGAGGAAGGGGGAGGGCUGAGGUCGAGGGAGGAGGUGGCAAAUCAGAGACUGUCCCCUCAAGGAGGACAGUCAUCACAGAGCGGCCUCACUCUCCCAAGAGCAGCCUGAGUGCCGAAACCCGAUGGAGAUCCAAAGACUGGCCCAGGCUUGGUCAAACCACCCCCAUGUCACUGUCAGGACUCUAAAAGCCCCCAGUUGCAGGACUGACCCACCAGGGGAGGCUGAAUUUAGUUCCUGUCCCAGCCCUGCCAGGCCCACCCCAGGAAACACCCCCCUCAGGUCCUACCUCCCUGUGGGGACCUCACAGGGGCCCCUGCUCUGCCAGGACAGGGCUGCCUUUGCAGGGAUCCCUUGUUCCGGCUGUAUCUGCUCCCUGGUCCCGGACAAAGAGCCCCAGCCGGAAGAGGGAGUGAGAGAAUUCUGUUUGGCUACCAGAUAAGGAAGGGGGUUGGGUCAGGGGGGUGGGGGGACACAGAAAGAGGACCCUUCCUUUGCAGACUGCUUUUCUCUGGUGCCAACCUCCCUCUUUCCCCCAGCUCGGAGCCUCCUCUUGUGCCCUUGAUCAUGCCAGCCAAUGCCACCCCCCCAUCCUGGGCACAGUCACACCCUCCCAUCAGUGGGAGGGCCACAUCCUCCUACCCACUGACCCCUGCCCACUUCUCCCUCGCAGUGGGUGGGGGAGUCAAGCCACACUGCCCUGUUUGCUGCCAUGAGGCCCCCCCCAGCAAUAUCCCAGGGGCGGGCCCGAUGCCCACUGUACAUGAGGCUGCAUGAUGGGUCUGCUGGGGCCUUGCUGAGCCCCCAGACCCCCAAUUAAACGUUUCUUCUCCCAACCUG